UCGAUUUCUGUCGCUCGCAUUGUACAGUUGGUCUUCGUCGUUAGGUCUUCACUGAACCAUGGCGAGGAAGACGACAGGAAUGUGCGGCGGAGUCAGACGACAAGCAAACGUCGGAGCUUUUCGCUCCCCGCUUAUCGAUGAGAUUUCUUCCAGGGAUUCCCGGCAUCAAGUCGCCGACUUGUCCUCUACAGCACCUACGCUUGAAUCGGACAUGUGGAUUUGUUUCGGCUCCUUUCCUCCGGUUCCUUUAUUUCCCGCCGUUGAGAAGAAUUUUGGAUCGGCAAAUCGCUUUCCAAGGAAGAUUUUUGGACCCACCCCAACACAAGAUGAGGCGAAGGAGAAGUGCUCGUCUCUGAAGGGGUCAAUCGAAAAGAGAAGAAUAAAAUAUGUUAUGUUAAAUAAUAGCUUUCGUUGAUUCCUUGUUCGUAUACAUCUUCCUAUUUAGUGUGGAAUAGAUGGCUGGUUCUGAACAUUCUUGGCUCUUUGGGAUGGUAUGUUUAAAUGUCUCUAAUCAGAUUUACAAACAUGAAUAUGAACUUGAGAAGAAUUGAUACCCAUUGUUGUGGUCACGUGAUCAAGUGUUCUAUGACUCAAGAGUAGCAUUUUUUAACUUGAUGAGAAUUUGCAUGUUUUAAUCACCCUAAGAAAAGCGCAUUAUUGUACUGCUUUCGUUAAUUUACUUCUCUAUGAUUUGCCAUGCAGAUUAUUUUGCAUUUUCUGAUUUCACAUUUUGGAGCCUUUAAAUGUUAUAUGUAGGGGCUGUUUGGUAGUAGGAUUUAGGCCAGAUUUGAGGCGGAUUUGAGCGAAAUCCAUCCAAACGGCCUAAAAUGCAAAACUAAAUAUUACGUCAAAUGAAAGCCACCGUAGACAUAAAAUUCUGGAUUUUCGUACUAAAUCCCGGAUUUACGAAAUCUAUAGGCUCAGAGGAAAAGUUUGCUUAUUAAAUCUGCUUUAUAGUCAAACAGUCACAAAGAAUUUAAGAAGAUUUAUCAUGAAUGUUACCAAACAGUUUUCAGGAUUUAGGCCCCUCAUGAUUUCUGAAAUCCGGAUUUAGCAGAUUUACGAAAUCCUACUUAAAUCAAAUUCUGGGUGCUACUAAAUAGCCCUGUAGUUGUAUAAAUCUUGGUAGAAGUGUGCAUGUCAUAGUUUACCAUUAGAGACUCUGAAAUGAUGUUCAAGUUACAACAAUGGAAUGUAUUAUAUGUAUUAUUGGAAUAUAUUAUCAGUGUUCAGAGCUGAACAAAAAUUCUAUUUUCUUUGGCCUACCGCAUGCGUCGGAUUCAUAUGUAUCAUUAAUAUCUGCUCGAUAAUGUUCCUAUCUUUGUUCAAUUUUGAGAAAAUUGAUAUUCUGAUUAUGGUUAUUAAAUUAUAGCUGCUUUUUAAUUUUGCAUGGUUCAAAUUUCUUGCUUAUUCCUUUGAAUUUAUUUGAUAAUAACAUUAUCUUUUAGGUUCUAAUUCUCAUGUUUAUAGUUUGCAUUUAAUGAAAGUAAGUAUUGGCUUAUUUAGCGGUUUGUGAUCUAUAAAUCCCAAGUUCUUUUACAUGAUUUUUUUACACCAAAUAAUUUAGUUGCAUUAGGAAGCCUUAAGCGUAAAUUGUCUCGCAUCAAAAUGGUAUUAGAUCUUAUGAUUGCUUGAUUCUACCAACUAAAUAUAGGACAUUAUUUUUGGAAACAAAAACUAAUAAAUGCUGAAAAUAGAGCAAAUUAGAAUAAAUUAUGGUUCUAGUCAAAAAUGUGAUUUUUGUGAGGUUCAAAAUUACAUUCCUACAUUCAAUUGGGGAGUAUGAUCUUAGAACUCUUUAGAGUGGACCAAUCAUUUGGAAGACUUCUAUAAACAUUAUCGAUUAUUUGAUUUUAAAUAAGUUAAAUUUACUAAAUUAAUAUUAAUGAGACAUACUUAAUUAUUUUGACGAAGUGUUUGAAGUAAAAUCAAUAUGGGAAGGCAUGAAAUAUAAGCUUCAGGAGAAAUAUCUAUCAUUUGGUGAAGAUCUGGAUAAAUUGCAUAAUCAAUUUUCUAGAGUUGUAAAUUAAAAAAAUUUAGUGUUUUUGAAUAUUCUGUUAGGCUCAUAUGUUUUAUAACUAUACAUAAUUUG